UGGAGCAUCCAGCCAGCAGAAGGGCCCAGGGAGACAACCUGAGCUACUUCCUAGAGGAUCCAGGCACCGGGACGCUGUACAGGAGGGGCCAGCUCUUGGGAAAGCGUAACAUCCUGUGCUGACCUCACUGCGCAACCAGACAGUGGUGAGGCAGGAAUUCGAUCACAGAGGGAGGCAGCCUGCGUAGUCGCUGCGGGUUGGGGUGUAGCUGUUGCCAAGCAGAGGAGGGAAGAGGCCCUCGGCCCAGGGGGCGUUCGGCCGGUGCUACAAGUUCACGGACACGUCCACCGGCAAAAUCUACGCCAUCAAGAUCGUCCCCCAGUCCCGCAUCUCCCGGCUGGAGAGCAGGGGGAAGGUCGAGAGGGAAAUCGAGCUGCACAGGCACCUGAGCCAUCGGCACGUCGUGGGCUUCCACCGGCACUUUGCUGACCGAGACAACAUCUACAUGAUCCUGGAGUACUGCAGCCACAAGUCCCUUGCCCAUGUCCUGAAGGCCAGGAAAACUCUGACGGAGCCAGAGGUCCGAUAUUACCUGAGGCAGAUCAUUGCCGGGCUGCGCUACCUCCACCAGCAGGGCAUCAUCCACCGCGACCUCAAGCUGAGUAACUUCUUCCUCACAAAGAACAUGCAGGUGAAGAUCGGGGACCUGGGGCUGGCGACGAGAGACGAGCAGGCCGGCCGGAGACGGGGCGUGGUGUGUGGGACGCCCAACUACCUGGCCCCCGAGGUGAUCGCCAAGGAGGGGCACUCCUUCCAGUCUGACAUCUGGGCCCUGGGCUGCAUCCUGUACACCGCUCUGACAGGCUGCUCCCCCUUUGAGAUCACCGACAAGCAGGAGAUGUACCAGUGCAUCCGGGAGGGCCGGUACCCCACCCCCAACCACCUCUCGCCAGGUGCCAGGAAGCUGAUCGGCCGCCUGCUGGCGCCCAGCCCCUCGGAGCGGCCCAGCCUGGAGGAGGUGCUGGAGGACGAGUUCUUCACCCAGGGUUUCACUCCGGACAAGCUGCCAUCCCGCGCCUGCCACUCGGUGCCCGUCUUCGCCCUGCCCAGCCCCAUGGGCCAGCUCCUGAAGAAGGCGGCCAAGGUGCUGUUCAGGGGGUUGCCGUGCCAGGAGCCCCGGGCAGGUAGCCCAGUGCCUGCCAAGGAGCCGGAGAGGCUGAGCCGAUCCCAGCAGGCUCAGAACCCGCCCAGCCUGGAGCGGCACAGCGAGGUGGAAAGAGGCAGUGUCCAGGCUGCGCCGUUCCCCGAGGCCCCCAGCAUGUUCUCCAUCCAUCUGCUCAUGACGGGAGCCCUCAGGCCCAGCCGCUCUGGUGCCGACGAUGCAGGCUGGAGCGUGGCGAGCGCGGUGCAGUCAGUCACCAGGGUGCUGAGCAGCUGCCUGGAGAACAUGCCUCUGGCCGAGCACAACCCUGUGCAGCUCCUGGCGCCGCCCGUCCUCUGGGUCACCAGGUGGGUGGAUUAUUCCAACAAGUAUGGCUUCGGCUACCUGCUCUCGGACGGCUCCACGGGCGCCCUGCUCGCCGACGGCACCCACCUCGCCCUGUGCCCGCAGUCACCGCGUGUCUGCUACUGCCCGGGGCGCGGGGAGGCCGUGUCCUUCCCCCGGAGCGACGUGCCCGCCUCCCUGGCCACGAAGAUGGGCAUCUUGCACUUCUUCUCCCAGUACAUGCAGCAGAAGCUGCUGGAGGGGGGGAACGAGCCGGCGGGUCCCAGCAGCUCCACGGACGCCCCCUGUCUCCUGUGCUGCGCCAAGUCGGACCGGGCACUGCUGAUGCUCUUCAGCAACGGGACGCUGCAGGUCAAUUUCUAUCACGACCACACCAAGCUGGUGCUGAGCUGCCCAGGCGACGGGCACCUCCUGACCUGCAUCGACGAGCAGCGCGUCCGUGCCACCUUCCCGCUGGGCGCCCUGGCCGCGGGGGGCUGCGCCCCGGCCCUGCGGGAGCGCCUACAGUACGCCCUCGACAUGGCCCACUGCCUGUAGCUGCCUCCGCUGCCCCCGGAGCCAGACCCGCUGCCCAGCGCCGGGCCUGGCAUGGACACGGACACGGGGCGGCUGAGGUGAUGGGGCGGCCCGGGGCAGGCCCCUUAGGGGCUCUUAGGGGACCCCAUGGGAUGAUCAAACCCUGCUCCCCGGCUGGAGGGGUGCUGUGGGGACACGAGUCCUUCCCGCUCUGCCCCCUGGAACCAGCGGGGCCUGGAGGUGCCCAUUCGCCUGGUGCCAAUGCCGGCCCAGGAGCUUCACCCACCGGGAUUUGGGGCUCAGCAAACAGGCCUUGGUCUUCAGGGGUGGCUCCCAAAGGGGAGCUGGAGCAGCGGGCGUGGCGGGGGGGCGCCAGGCU